AUGACCAUGAGCUCCACAGCACGUCUCGUCGUCAUCUCGCUGGUCUACUUGAUGGUCGGCGGCACCAGCCGUGGUGCCCUCCGCGCGUCCUGCCUCUCCUUCGACUUCGACUUCGACUUCUCCAACGCCUCCACGUUCAGCCUCGCGGACUUCACGACCGCGGGCGCCGCCGCAUUCCACGGCCAACUCUUCGACCUCACGGCGAACGCGUACAGGGCUGGCCUCUCCUUCAGCGUGGGCAGGGUAGCGUACGCGCACCCGGUGCCGCUUCGGGACAAGGCGACGGGGCAGGUGGCCAGCUUCACCACCGCCUUCUCCUUCGCCAUCAACAUCACCGACAUGAACAACAAGGGCGACGGCAUGGCCUUCUUCCUCGGCCACUACCCGUCGGCGCUGCCGCCCAACUCGGAGGGCGGCGCCCUUGGGCUUUGCAGUCCCGACUACUGCCUCAACCGGACCGUCGGCCUUAGCCAGGAGGACAGGUUCGUGGCCGUGGAGUUCGACACGUUCAACGACAGCUGGGAUCCGAACGUGACCUACGACCACAUGGGCAUCGACGUGAACUCGAUCCUGUCCGUGGCCACCAUCACGCUGCCGAGCUUCAGCCUCAACGGGCAGAUGAGCGCGCGGGUGGACUACAACGGCAGCACCAACGUGAUGGACGUCCAGCUGAGGUUCGACCACAGCCCCAAGUUCGGCGACGCGACACCGACCUUCAACGUCAGUGCCAAGGUUGAUCUCGGCACGUCGCUGCCGGAGCAGGUGGCCAUCGGGUUCUCGGCGGCAACUGGCUCGUCCAUUGAGCUGCACCAGCUGCUCUCUUGGUCCUUCAGCUUGGUAGCUCCUUGGAGCUCACCCGGCCCAGGCUCGAGCACAGGUUUGUUCUUAACCGCAACUGAUAUAUCCUUGUUACCGACGAUGCAACAACGUAUUACACUUACGCCAUCAUCAACCACCUGA